GGAAACACUAAAAUGCCGAAACGAAAAACAUUAGAAAAGGAAAUUAAAAACAUUCAAAAUGGCGCUCUACGUGCGAAAUUACACUACUACCCUUUGGAGUGUGCAGUUGUAUGAGUGUGUGUAAGAUGUGAUAAGAGGUAUCAGGAUACACAGCAACAAGAAAUAGACUAUACGUAAAUUUUAAACGUAAACGAUUUGAUCGCAGACAUUUGUAGGAAUAUACAUAUUUUGCAAGCUAUUGCUGUUGUUGUAGUCUGACCAGGGAAGAAAUCUAUUGGAUUUCUAACUUCUUAUGCUAAAGAGUUCCAGAAAAGGUAGCAGACGUAAUGUCCUACUUGGGACUAGUGGCAAAGUACAUUUUCGAAAAACACUGUUUUAUCUACGCUUCAAGAACAUUGUUCCCCUCAAGACUUCAGUCUGACGAACAGGUCCAAGUUUUCAAGGCCAUUCUGCAGAAUGAGCAGACAGCAUUCUUCAGUUGCCAUUUCAAGCUCCCUACAAAUCAAGAUAAGGAGUUUCAAAUUAAUGGACUCUAUGCCAAUAAGCUUGGUAUCAAAGAAGAGGAUGAAAUAAUACUUGAACCUGUGAAAAAUGUUCCGCUCUGUGAAAGUGUCUUUGUUGAUCCAUUGUCUGUUAAUGACUGGGAAAUAUUAGAAAAAAAUGCGCACUUUAUUGAGACCCAUUUGUUGGAGCAAGUGCGUGUUGUUUGGGAAGGACAAGUCUUACCAAUCUGGGUCCAUCAAUCUGUUUGUCUCUUUUUGAAAAUUGCGAAAAUCAAACCUACUGUUGAAUGUGCUUUACUCCGUCAAGAAACUGAAGUCAUAGUUUCUCGUUUUUCUCGUCUUGGAUCUAUAGAAAAAAAAAUGACAGAACACACUACAAAAAACAAUUUAUUUAAGAACCCUCGAAAACUCAAUGUUGGGGAUAUGGCUCCUUUGGAAGAUAUGAGUCAAUCCCUUUCUCUUUACUCAGGACUUUUUCAGUAUUUCCAGAGUUUCUUCAUGUGGACGACUCCUACAGUGACGGAAAGACAACCUGCUGAAAACAUACCUGAGAAAACUGAAUUCUUCCCAGAUUCAGUUUCCAUGACUUUACGUGUGCAAGGUCUUACUGAAUGUAUUGAAAUGCCUAAAAACGUUCUUGAUUCAAAUAAUUCCCUUAAGUUAAAACAUUUUUUAAAGAAUCCGGAUAUUGUAUUUGUCAGCAUUGGAGACAUCAUAGACCAGUGCAGUGUACUGAAAUCCAUACCACGAAUAUUCUUUGCAAAAUUAAUUAAACUUCAAUCUCCAAAAGAGCUUUCCCAGUCCCAGACUGGAAAAUCAUCUGCUAAAGAAAAUAACUUGUCUAAUAAUGUUGUUCAAGUGAGAGUAGUUGGAAAUAGUGAAAGGAUUUGCGAAGAAGGCAGCUCACCAUCCAUCUUCAAUGAAAAGAAUGUUUUAGAAGGCCAUGUAAUGGUCCCAAAUGCUCUUCGAUUUAUUGAACAACUUGAACUCACAAGCCGAGUUGAAUUACAAGGUAUCCGUGCUUACAAAAUUAAACUACGUUAUCUCUAUAUCAAGCCAAUAAGAGUUACACUGUUUGGUCUUCAAGAAAGUUUAGAUCGUCUUGAUGAGAAAACAACACGUAAAGCUUUUGAAUUAUGGAUUAACAAAACUACCACUCUUUCCCAGCCAAUGAUUGUAUUUGAUAAAAAGCUUAUCAGGUUCCGAAUCAAAAAGAAAACAGACUAUUGGGUAGAAGCUAUUUUAUCCUUCAGUCAAAACAACCAUAAUGCAAAAUGUCAAGAAGAGCUGGUAUAUGCUGAGCUUUAUCCAGAAGCAUUAAAAUCAACUCAAAUAAUUAUUCAAAAUGAACCUGACCGUAGUCGGCAAUCCCCUAAAAUUCAGCCAAGUUUCCUCUCUCUCACUGAAAUUGAUCCCCGAGUUGGUACUAUCAAAUUAAGUGAAAUCAAGGGUCUGCAGCCUCAAAUAUCAAAAGCUCUCUUACAUUUUCAUAUGUGUCUUAGUAACAAUGGCUCUACUUCUAUGACAUUAUCAAGAUCAUCCCAAGGAAUUUUACUGAUCACAGGUGCCACUGGAAGUGGAAAAACUACUCUUGCUUCAGCUAUUUGUAAAGAAUUACUGGAGCAUCCCACACUAGCAUACCCUCUUAUUAUAUCUUGUAAAUCUCUUGUUGGUAAAAAGAUAUCUAGCAUCCGUACCUUUCUGGAACAGCAGUUUGAAGAAGCUACUUGGAGACAACCUGCUAUUGUGGUAUUAGAUGACCUUGACUGCUUAUGCAGUCGAGACACAGAUAUAGAUAUGGAUCCCUUGGAAAACAUUCGAAUUUCAUCUGUUGUCUGCGACAUGCUGAAGAAACUGUUGAUAUCUCAUUCCUCUGUUGGUGUGAUAGCUACUAGUGAAUCUAGGAUGUCUCUUCACCAAAAGUUAAUAUCAUCACGUGGCACACAUUACAUACAACUGACUAUCAACAUCCCAUACCCUGAACAGAAAACCAGAGAAGAAAUUCUUGAAAGUUUGUUAGAAUCAAAUUUAGCUGUUCAUUCAGAUGUUAGAAAACAGAUUGAUUUGAAGAAAAUAGCUGCAAAAGCCGAAGGCUUUGUGGUUCAAGAUUUAAAGAAAAUUGUCAACCGAGCCAUUCAUUCACAUUUACAACAAAAGCAGUCUGAUUACAGUGAAUCAUAUUCCAGGUUACAACUAGACUUGUCCCAGUUACAACUUAAACAAGAAGAUUUUGACCAAGCUUUCAUUGAUUUCUCUCCCCUAUCCUUACGUGGUAUUGAACUCCAUGACAGCGAAGCAUCUGGAUGGUCUGAUGUUGGUGGUCUGGAUGAUGUGAAAAGUCUGCUUAUGGAAACGUUUGUUUGGCCAUCUAAGUAUCCAAAUUUGUUUUCCAAAUGUCCAAUUCGAAGACGAAGUGGAAUAUUGUUAUUUGGUGCACCAGGUACCGGAAAAACAUUAAUUGUUGCAGCUCUGGCCAAAGAGUGCCGAAUGAAUUUUAUAACAGUUAAAGGCCCAGAGCUUCUAAAUAAAUAUGUAGGUGCCAGUGAACAAGCUGUUCGAGAUACAUUCAAUCGUGCCAGGAAAGCUAAACCAUGUAUCAUCUUUUUUGAUGAAUUCGACUCUUUAGCUCCAAGGCGUGGCAAUGAUAGUACAGGCACUACUGAUCGUGUAGUAAACCAACUACUAACUCAACUGGAUGGAGUGGAAUGUCUUGAGGGUGUUUUUGUGAUUGGUGCAACAAGUCGACCAGAUCUCAUUGAUCCUGCCUUGCUUCGUCCAGGCCGUUUUGACAAAUGCUUGUCCUGUGAUAUACCAAGCAAGGAUGACCGCCUAUCUAUUUUGAAAGUGCUUACCUCAAAGAUGCAUUUAGCUCCAGAUGUAAAAUUGGAUUUUUUUGCUGAUAUUUGCCAGCAUUUCACUGGAGCUGAUCUAAAGGCAUUGUUGUACAAUGCACAGCUUGUGGCUAUUCAUGAAUCGAUGGAAAAACCAAAGAAUAAGCCACAGGAUGAUAACCAAAAAAUGAAUGAAUUUUUUACCCGAGCACGCAGCUGGAGUGGUGACAAAAAGAAUUUAGCCAAAAUGAAUCUCAUUUACAUUCCAAAUCUGGAGACGGGGUGCACUGAACCUUCCCCACAGCUUGAGGAGAAAGUAGAGAAAGAAGUGAUUAGAAAGAAGAGAAGAGUAAAAAAUAGACGAGAAUCUAUAAUGCCGCCAUCUGAAAAAGAAGAGACUAUAAUUGUUAAACAUGAACACAUUAAUAAAGCAUAUCAGAAGAUGAAGCCAUCUGUAUCAACUAAGGAACGCUGCAAAUAUGAAACGAUAUAUAACUCAUUUUCAAAGAGAAGAGACUUCAAUCCAAUUGCCCCAACAUUCAAACAAGAAUAUAUGAUGGCAUAAACUAUAAGGAAAAAAGGAAAAAAAAAAAUUCAUUGGAUUUUAUUAAGAAAAUUUCAUUAUUAAUUUUUUAUUUAUUUAUUAAAAUAUUCUAUGAAAGAACACACCUUAGUGUUCUUUAUGUUGUUAACUUUUCCAAUCCAAAUUCAUUCUGAAAGAAAUUCUAAUUGGUUCUCAACAUCAAAAUGAACUAAUAAAGAAAAACUGAAAUGAAUUUGGGAAAAUAAUCUUUGUAUUCAUUACAUCUGUAUAAAAAUGAAGCUUAUGUAAAUGUUGUAAUUUGAACUGUUAGUAAAAUGAAAAAUAAAUGCUGA